CCGCCUGCUUGAGUCACGGCGCAGGGCAUUGCAGGCGCGCAGAAGACGUCCUCAAAUAUUUAUACGGUUGUGGAUAUCCAUGCAUGGCCGGCCGUCUUUCACCGCUCAACUCCUCAGGUUCGCCCCGCCCACCUCUGGUGUCAUUCAGUCCAGUUCAAGGCACGGCGGGUAAUACUCGAAUAUUUCAUCAAGCGAUCAGUAUUUCCUCUGGACUAGUCAGUUGUUGCUGACCCUCCUAUACUCAAUGUCAUACAUGCCGAAUUCAACUCAUCGUCUCGCUCACUAUCCACCAUGGAUUACUCGUUGGCUUGGGUAUCUACCUCGUCUGGUUUUGGUCUUCAUCGGUGCUUUCUCCGGACUAUGCGUUUUACAAGCCGUGUUUGGCCACGCACGAUAUUUCAUUGACCGCGGCGUGCCUUCCAUGAUUGCAUCCUAUGGUGCGUCAGCCGUCCUAUGCUACGGUGCGAUCGAGGCACCUCUCGCGCAGCCUCGCGCUCUCAUCGGCGGACACUUCAUCUCUGCCCUCUUGGGGCUAUGCAUCACCAAGCUCUUCUCGCUCAGCCCGCACUUCGAGUCCAUCCGGUGGCUCGCCGCGUCCCUCUCCACGUCCGCCGCCAUCGUCGCAAUGCAAAUCACCGGAACGACACAUCCGCCCGCAGGCGCGACGGCCCUGCUUCCCGCGCUAGACGACGACGUAUGGCACCUCAGCUGGUAUUACCUCCCCGUCGUCCUCCUGUCGAGCAUGCUCGUGCUAGUGACGGCGCUGCUGGUGAACAACGUGCAGAGGAGGUACCCGACGUUCUGGUUCACGCCGGCGAUACCGGCUCAGAAUUGUGCGAACGGCUCCGCGAGCAUGUCUUCCUCAACCACGGCUGCCGCUCCUGCGCCUAGCACGAAUGAAAAACAAGUGACUAGGAAUGAUAUAGUUUGAAAGUCAUGACGGAUGUGGUCUGUGAACGCAAUACGUCGCGGAAGCAAGUGGCUGAAACCAACUCAUCUCCGGAGUAUCGCAAUUCUCAAGCAGGCUUCAUGGAAUUCGUCGUACGGAGUACUGCCCACUAUGUACGCUAGCCAGAGACACGCCGCUCCGGGAACAGCUGUGGACGAUAGUACGGUGCAGAGUGAACAAAGCAUUAUAUCCCCGUCU